AUGGACACCAUAUGGAAAGCGCACGUGGAUGUAUAUGACGCCGUCUACCCAGCUCUAGCAAGCCAGCUGGGGGCGGGCCGCCAAGAGGAGGAGGGCAGUGCUGCCUCCGUGCUGGUGCAGGUGCUGGGGGUGAAGGAGAGCGCUGACCUGAAGGAAGGGUUUGGGUUCUUUGUGCAGCAUGUGCUGUCAGGCGGGCUGGAGAAGGCGCAUGCAGAGGGGAGGGGGAAGGGGGGAGCUCGGGGGAAGGAUGCUGAGAAGGCGGAGGGGAAGGGCAGUAGGAGAGCUGGGAAGAAGGGUCCGACGAGUGCGAGUGCAGGGCAAAUGGACAAGGUGAGAGAAGCAAUGGGUGCUGUGAUGCAGAGCAUGCAGAGUGGGGCUUGCAUGGGGCCAGACGACUGGCUGCAGAUCAUGCACGAGUACGGAGUAGACAUGGCAGACAUGCUGGCGAUGCUCGGGGGCGAUGGUGGGGGGGGCAUGGGGAUGGGUCUGCCUCUUGGAGUUGGUGGUGGUGGGCGGAAAGGGAAGGAUGGAAAGUGUGGGGGUGAUCCGAAGGACCCAACCAUUGGGCUGCUCACGUAUCGGGUUGCUUGCAUCUUGCAGUGGCUUCGGAUCUACGGCUCAGAUUCGAUUUCCGCCAAGAACUGCUUCAAGGACAGCCGACAUGGAAAGGUCCUGCCCAUACGCCACCCGCUUCAGGAUCUUCCGAGCCUGCUGGUCAGGUUCGGCGCUGUUCUCCCGCCAUUGGACGGAAGCACCCGCCUCCUGGAGUGGGAGGAGUGGCCAGAGGGGAACGAAGCUGCUAUGAAGUUUCCUGAGGACUCCAGUGCGAGAUGUUUCGGGCUGGGCAGGGCUGAUGGCAGUCGCACGAACAGCGGGAAUGGGGAAGCGCAGCAGGGAAGCUUCCCGGAAGCUCUGCUGCCACAUCAGAAUGGAGAGUCCCGUCCAAUUGUCCGUUGCAGGGCAGAGGCGGACCUGAUAGUGGAGUUUGCUGGUUUGUUCCUGGAGGCACCAGCAUGCGCCCACUGCAGCCAGUGCAUCACCCUGUACAUCUCCCACGCCCCCUUCAUCGCUCUCAUUGCCAAUUUCGCCUAUCGCCCUGUUGCUGUCCUCCUCGACCGCUUCCUCUCUGUCUUCAAGCCGCAGUCUGAGGUGUUUCAGAGCCUUCUCUCCCGCCUGGGACUGGACUCCUCCUUGAAUGCUCCUCAUGACAGCUUUUCUGGCAAACGCAGCAGCACCAGCAGCAGCAGUGUGCGUGCAUUACGGGAACGGGCAGAGCAGGUGCCGGUUGCAUUUCUGCUCAGCCUGGCGCUGCUCUGCGCCACGCCUCUCCUGCAACAGAGCGGCACGGAAGGUGGACAGAAUUCGAGGGCUGGCACGGGCACUUCUGGGGCCAAGGAGAAGGCAGACGGGAGGAGGGCAGAGAGUGGGGCUAGUGGGGAGGGCAUGAGGGGAGGCAAGUGUGGGGAUGGUGAAGGAGAUAGUGGGGUUGUGUGGGAGGAGGUGCAGUCGUGGUUCACGGUGGCAAUGCUGCCCGCCUCUGGCAUGGGGGGAGGCGGGCUGGCGUGUAGUGGCAGGAUGGCAGGGGAGGAGGAUGAGUUUGCACGGGUUGAAGAGGCCAGUGAGCAAGCGGAGAGGCAAGAAGGGCGGGGAGCCGGCUUAUCUGAAGGCAUGGCCGGGGGGAGUGAAUCUGGUGGCAUGUCUGCGAGAGAUGCUGCUGGGGGAGCCGUGCUACCGCCCUGCCUCCCCUGCUGCUGUCUCUUCCACCCCUGCUGUUCCAACCACUGA